AACCGGACAUCGGCGACGCCCAUUCCGGGAUGCAAAAUUCCACCGAAAAUUUUGACAUAUAAAAUGCAGAAACAGGAAGAACAGAGAUACGCAAAAACAGUCCAAGCAAUCGGGCCGGAUAGAAUAGAACUCAUUCACUCUUGUCAUUCUUAAAGUUUCUUUCUGCCAUCUCCGGUAGGCUUCAGAGCUUUUCCGGCCGUCAGAUUCCGGCAGGCGCCCACCGCAACGAACAUGGAGAAGAAGACUCAGAACCCGAACGAGAAAUCAGGGGACGUGAUGUCGCAUUCGUUUGGAGAAGGAUAUGCGACGCGGUCGGACGAAGAAGGAUUUGGCGGAGUCUACAGUGAUCAGAACCAGUCGUUUCGCAACACUGAUGGCGAUCGGAUUAAUCAAGAUAUCAAUCAGCCUGGGUAUGAUAAGAGUCAAGGGAGUGAAGUGAAGGAGAAGGAGAAAGCCCGACAUCAAACCAAUGCAGGGUCUUAAGAUGAGAUAGACUAUAUUUAUAUAUUUUUCUUAUAUCCGUCCGGUCAGUUUGGAACCUCAACUGGUCUCAUGAGGCAACCAACCCAAUUCACCGCGGGGAGAAUUGUUAUGCCACUGGCCCACUCCCCAUUUUUCCCUAUUGGAAUUUAGAAUGUAUCAGAUGUUUCCUCCUCUUGAAUCUCGUUUAACACAACAGUGAAUAAA